CGAAGAUGUAAAUAUGCAUUAAUAGGCAUGGACAUUGGCAUAAGUAUUUAUAUUGGAUAUACUAUGGUCUACGAUAACUUAUUCUUCUACUUGCUCAUCUACUUGCAAACUUACAUACAAAUUUUAAACGAAGCAACCAAGUCUGUAAGGCAAAGAACCUUAACAAAUCUGAACCUGCCAGCCGAGUAUAAGAUUUUCAAAGACGAUGAAAAUCCUGCAUUGGAGGAAGCUGCAUAUUAUGAAAUAAAAAAAUGUUGCCGGCAUCUACGGUUUUUAUUAAGGUAA